AUGUGGCCCAGAAUUAUGAUGACUUUCGCCUUCACCUCCAUGGUCAUGCUGAUCGAGGCGGCGCCGCACACGGCCGGCAGGAAUGCGGAGGACGGAGAGGUGGUUUUGGUGAGUUUUUUGGUUGAGUUUUUUGGUGAAAUUGCGGACAUAAAAAGGGUUAUUGAAAUAUCAGUCUGUCGGGAAAAUAACGAGCACUCUGUCGCAUCGAAAAUCGCAACACCAGAGAAAAAAAUGUGUCGCGACAAAAUCAAAUUGCUUUUCAUUUCAAUAAAGCCAUGUGAAAUUUUGCUCAUUAUUUUCCCGACAAACUGAUAUUCCAAUAACCGCGAAAUUAAUGCUCUACAUAAGGCUACUGAGGCGGACCUGAUCCAGUGGCAAAAAACGUAUCAUUUUGCAUCCGGGAAGUAUCAAAAAAUGUGGCAAAAUACCUCCCUCUUCAAGUGAAAAAACUCAGAUUUAAAACACGCACCCGCUAUUUUUUCGAGCGACCCUUCAAAACGCAGUUUUUUUAGUUAGAGAUGGAGGCAUUUUGCCACAUUUUCUGAUACCUCCCGAAUGCAAAAUGGCACGUUUUUUGCCACUGGAUCUGGUCUGUCAUUGUGUGGUAUAAUAUGUGUAUACUAUACGGCCCGAAAAAGCACCCCCGAAUUUCGUCGCGCUUUGGAAGGAAAGAAGUUGUCGCUGCGAGAAUGAGAAUCGCAAAAAAUUUUGAAAUGCACUGUUCAAGUUGCAUUUUUGGGUCAAAAUGCACUGUGCUAACAAUAAGCACUUCUUUUGCAAUUUUCGUAGCCAAAACGCGACAAAAUCCACAAUGUCCAAAUUCUCAAGGCUUUUCAGCGCUGUCUAGUAUCUAUUUCACGUCAUCGCUUUCAAAAAACUCUGUCUGCCGUUUUGUUAUAACGAUUUUUUUAUAAUUCCUCAACUUUUGAACCUAGUACAAUAAAAUUAUUAUGAUUCUGACACUUGAUACGCUCGAUAUUUUUUGUCAUUCAUUUAUUUGAAAGUCUAAGUGUUAUUUGACCCAGCGGCAUCAAACAAUACAUAGUUUAGGGAUUGAUUUGCAAUUCACAGGCCAUUUUUUGAGCCACCGGGAGCUGCGUCUAGUACAAUGUAAUUUGCAAUUUUUUCAGUCGCCGAGAGGAAAAGUACUUGUUUGCAAAGUUUUAUCUAGUAGUAUAAGCUUCUUUCUACAGAAUAAGAUGCAUUACAAAGCCAUAGAACAUUGUAGCGCAACGAUAGAUCGAUUUUUUUCCGAUCGCCUCUUUUGAAGUCAUGGUUAAUAUAAAUUGACGUCAAAACAAGCUAAUAAUCUCUCAAAGCUCAUAAUUUUGUUUUCAGAUGGCAGCAGAGAACCCAAAUGCAAGAUAUCUGUACAUGCAGCCCCAAGAACAGGUAGAACCCGACUGGGCGGAGGUGUUUUCCCAGCCCGACCCACGAAUGGAGAAGAGGAGUGUGGCGCUUAGCCGAUUAAACUUCAGGUAGGCAAUUUUGCCGGCUCUACAGUGGCAGAUCUGAUCCACUGUGCAGAAAAUGUAUCAUUUUGCAUCCGGGAAGUAGCAAAAAAUGUGGCAAAAUACCUCCCUUUCCAUGUGAAAAACUGGGAUUUUAAAAGCGCGCUCUUUUUGAGAGGGACCUUAAAGACGGAUGUUUUUAGUUGGAAAGGGAGGCAUUUUGCCACAUUUUUUGAUACUUUCUGGAUACAAAAAAGUACGGUUUUUGCCACUGGAUCAAGUUCGUCGCUUUCAUAGAUGUAUUAGAGCCACAAAUACAUCAUUGUUGCAUAAUGCCAAGAACUCAAAAUUGGCAUCCCAAGUUUUCGUUUUAAGGGGUUUUUUAAGGGAAUCGGAUGGAAAAAUUUUCCAGUUUUGAGAACUUGUAACUAGGCUGUCACUUGUAACUAGGCGUCGCUAGAGCCUCAAGCUUCAAGGAGCUUGCAGCGGGCUCUAAAGAGUCCGCAGCGGCCCCUGAAACGCUCUUUUCAGCCAUUUUUGGCCUUAAUUUUUCGCUGCGACCCUCUUUGCGGCUUUUUGUGGCCUUAAUGUUUCCCUACGACUCUAAUUUCGCAUAAUUUUCAGACCCGGGAAACGCUCAGUGCCCCUGGCGACGCAGGCCGACCUCGUCGAGCAAGGCAUCUACCGCCUGAACGCGCUGCAGAAGCGGAGUGUGGCGAUCUCGCGGAAGGGCUUUCGACCCGCCAAAAAGUAG